AUGUCCGCCAUCAACCCUGCAUCUUUCGUCACCCCUCCAACUGCUGGUCUCCCAAGCCCAAACCCGUUGGGUUAUGCGCAAGAUACCCAGAACGACCGUCCCCACCAGCGCGACCUUAGAGCAUAUGGACAUGCUCGUGAUGGUCUAGAUGCCGGCCGCGAUGGCGCUGGCAACCAAAUGGGCCUGUUGCGUAAUGGAUACGGAGAGUCGUACCAGCAACAAUUCGGUCAUUCUCGCCAACCUGAAGCUGGCCUAGGUGGCCUCGGAUCAGUUGAUGCUUUCACGUAUCAGCAAGGCGCCUACAGUCCUCUGGAGUCAGGAUACAACGAUUAUGUUGCGUCCCCGGGAGGUAAUCCUGGCUCCUCCCGCAUGAAUCCCGCACAAGGUGAAUGGGCAAGUCGUUUCCAGGGCCUGUCGCUCAACUCCUGA